AUGGCGCCCCACGAGUGCGCUCCUUCCUGCAUCGUGUGCGGUGGCGCUCAUCUUACGGGCUCGCAAGACUGCAAAGCCAAAUUUCGACGGCUGCAACGACCGGGCAAGCCGACCGGUCGACGAACCCAACCUCGGACUGCAGUGCCCUCGGGUUCUGACACCACUUCAAAAGCUCCCACGACUAGCAACAAGAUGACGAAAGUCACAACCGGGCCAGCGCCACCGGCGGGCACCUUGCCUGAACGUGCCCCCAAGUCUCCUCGGUCAACUAACCCGAAAGCGUCGCGGGAUACAGACGCCCCUAGAUUACAAGACGGGGACUAUCCGGCUCUCGAAGGCCCUCCGUCUGGCACACCAAAGAAUACAUCUCAGCCCAAGGUAGGCAGCCGAGACGGGCCUCCUCCGCCUCCCCGCACUCCCCUACCUUCUCCCCCACCAAAGAUUCCUCCUCAUCCCCCCUUUAAUUCUGACGUCGCAGACCUCCACCGCGGGCUCGAGACUCUCCGGGCACAAAAUGCUCAACUUAACGCCAAAAUUCACGCGCUAGAAACGGCUCGGUCCUCCCCGCCCCCUGCCCAUGUAGCUCCGGAACCGAUGCAAGUGGUGCCGGCGGACCUCACACCCUCUAGCUCUGACUGCCUCGACUUGUGCGGGGGCUCAGGGUCUCCCUCUUCGGAGGAAGACUGGCUCCGGCUCGUCACCAGCUCCGCCAAGGAAGAGCAACUCAGGGCUGUCCAGAGAGCCCGCGAUAUCGCCGAGAGUCUCAACCUCCCGGCUCCGUCGUGGGUGCGGCCCGCAGACGCUGCCCCCUAA